AAAAUGGCCGCCGACUCUCCAGUUAGACUGUUGUCUUACCCAACUUAAAUAAUUUGUUAACCAGGAUUGCAUUUGAAGCACUCGUAUAAAUGGCAAAAUGAGCAAAAAAGUUAAAGAAAUGAUUGGUGGUUGUUGUGUGUGCUCAGACGAGCGUGGUUGGAAUGAAAAUCCUCUUGUUUAUUGUGAUGGAGCUGGUUGCAGUGUUGCCGUCCAUCAAGGUUCUGGUUGUUUAUUUUUUUUUAAAUUUGGGGAAUUAAAAUAGGUCUAAGCCAUUCAUCUUAUCUUGCUAUAAUACUGACAAUGAUAGUUUUAGGCAGUUUAAGUUAAAGCCCACUUUAUGCAUUGGGGCAUGGCUAGGGCAAUCCCCCCGAACAUGGGUCCCAAUUUCAAAUAAUGUCUGAAAGUAAAAUUUGGGCCAAAAUUUGCUUUAGAAAGUGCCAGGCCGCCCAAAUAAUUAUUGAUGUAAUUGUUUACAUCUACUAUUCUGAAUGAAUGGAGUUGUGUUGGAGACUAAUUGCAUGUAAAUGUAAAACAAAUAUUUCCAUGGCUGGCAGGCCGCAAUCAGUGACUCAUUUUGCAAAUAAUGUUUUUGCCAGGAAACAUUCUGCAAACUUACGACACAACGUCGAAGACACUGUAUGACAGCAUGCUUUGGUUAGAGUGGCUUGCAGAAUACUGUCUCAUAACUGGCAACGUCCCAUGUCCUUAGUCUCAUACGUCAAGUCACCUGAGGGUUACUCAUGGAAAUGCCGUCUGUGUAAUAUGACAUGCAGUAUAAGCAUUAGGUCAUUUUUUGUAAACUGUGGGCUUGGCAUACAGAAAAUUGGCUUGAUGAUAUUCUAUUGGCUUUGUGAAGUGAAAUGCAAGCAUGUUAUACUUUUCGAAAGCAUUGAAACUUUAGAUACCAUAUUGAACAACAAAAACUUUACCCAAAUUGGUUUUAAGUUCAUCAAGGUGGAACACGCCAUGACCUGUUUCCAAGCUACUUGUGCGCUUUCCAAUGGCAAUCUAUCAACCUAAACCUUUGGAGUAAUAAUUGCAUUUAAACAAAAAUAAAAAAAAACAGGGAGGUGGAGUGUAUCAAAUUAGCCAGAAUCUUGUGACAUCAUUUAUUGACAAAUAAACCAAAUCAACCUGACGUUCUCUGACAAUUUAGGUGUAUUCCCACCCAAAUAUGAAAAACUUAAUGGGUACCAUAGUUUGGUGUGCCUGAGUUUGAGUCAUGUUAGGGGUACUACAGCAUCAAAAUCUUUCUUUAAAUGUAUGCCUUACUGUUUUGAUAAUUAAAUUAGAAGUCAGCAUUUCAUCCAAACACUUGAAAUUUAAAAAGGGCUUACUGUAUUAUAAAAAUAAUUUAGGGUUUACUGUUGAACAUAAAAUUGAACUUUUCAGUAACCUAACUUAUGUCUAUGAAGUUAAUUAUUUAUGGAUAUUCAAAACAAGUUGUAGGAAUGAAACGAGGAAACCGAUUAAUCUUAAAAAGUCAUUUCUUUUAUUUUUAAAAUUUUUAUUUCAGCUUGCUAUGGUAUUGUUCUCGUUCCUACUGGACCAUGGUUUUGUAAGAAAUGUGAGUCUCAGGAAAGAGUUGCUCGAGUGGUGAGUGAACACUGAUUUUAAAUAUUAAUCUUAAAACAUGUUAUUCAUAAACAAAAGACCCCAUCAUAAACAGAGAUCCUUUACAGAGAUUGUAUGUACAAUAUGAUGAUCUAGCAAAGUAAGAUCAUUUAUCUUUAAAAAUCACAAAUUAUGCUUAUAGCUAUGAACUUAUUUUAAGUUAUAAAUAAGAUGGUCAAGCUCUCCCACAAACCAUUUAUGGCAGGUGAAAUGUGAAACUUUGUUUUAUUGCCUUCUUAAACUCUGCUCAUACUUUAACAUCAUUUUAUUAUUCUUUUCUUCAGAAAUGUGAGCUCUGUCCUCAAAGAGCUGGUGCCUUAAAAAGAACAGAUACUGGAGGUAACAUUUUUUAUAUUUAGAUGCUCAGUUUACUUAAUUUUCUUUUUUUUAAAUGUUUAUGUCUCUUUUAAAACAGAAUUAAAAUUAUAUUAAACUCUGUUCAUUCUAGGAUGGUGUCAUGUUGUUUGUGCACUCUAUAUCCCUGAAGCUGGGUUUGGUAAUGUACAGACUAUGGAGCCGAUUCUUCUAAGUGGUGUUCCUAACGAACGAUUCAAUAAGGUAUAGUUUGUCUGCUUUGUAUCAAUUGUGUGUACUGGCAUCAAACACUUCAUUUUGAUAAGUCAGUAGUGAUUUUGUUCGUACCUGAAAGAAGGUCAAAAACCUAAUUAUUAAUUUGUUUACUACUAACCAAUCUAUGGAAAACAUUUUGUUACCAUAUCAAAGUAAACAAUUAAAUUAGGAAUUUUAGAAUAAGAAAUAAAAUUUUCUGUACAUAAGUAAAAGUCAGCAAUAAAAGUACAUUAUGUAACGGUUGCCAACAACAAUGAAGCUAUUUUCAAGAGAUGAAAUUCUUAAUGUUCCAAAACUUAAUAAAAAAAAAUGUAUAACUUAAACACAAGGACAUAUUAUUUUGAAUGUAUUUUUGAUUUGCUAAUUAAAUAUUUGCUGUCUUUUGCUUUACCCUUAUAAAAAUUGACAGUCUCUUACAUUUAUUAUAACUGAGUUGCUAACAUAACGUAAUUUAUCAAGAAUAGCUUUGGUGGGAAACGAUUAUUUGUAUUUAAAUGAUAUCUAUUUCAAAAUAUGUUAACAUUAAUUGAUGCAUAUAAUUUAUUUAUAAAUUAAAAAGUGUUAUUGCUAUUAUUUCUUAAAAUCAUUGUAUUUAAAUCUUUUAGACAUGUUACAUUUGUGAAGAACAGAAGCGAGAUACCAAGGCAACAGCUGGUGCUUGCAUGCAGUGCAAUCGUAACACAUGCAAACAGUUUUUUCAUGUAACCUGGUAAGUACUUUUUCAUUUAUUUAUUUCCUGUAAAAUGUUGUCAUAUGGAUUAUAGCUCUGUGUAAAUUUAAAUUUAUAACGUGUUUAUUUUAUCAGUGCUCAAGCACAGGGACUGCUAUGUGAAGUGACGGGAAGCUAUGAGAAUGUUAACUAUUGCGGCUAUUGUUCCCAUCACUAUAAAAAAUUGGUAAGUUGAAAAAAAGAAGGCAAUUUGUAACAAGCUCAACUUAUGAUCAAUUAAAGGAAUUCAAAAUUUUUUAAUAAGGAUAUUACAGAUUAUUUAUUCCAUUCAUAUUUAAUUCAUUAUUUUCAAACAAGAAGUUCAUUGUAAGAAAUUAAACAAUUAAAUUAAUCAAAAACAUUGUUCAUCUUUGAAAAGGAUUUAAUUUUUUUUUUUAAUGGUAGCCCGAUAUUAUUAUCAAGAUUAAGUUCUAGGUAAAGUUUUUCAAGCAAUAACAGAAUGUCGUGUUCAGGUUAUUAAAGAAACGUGGUGAACUUAAAGUCAUAUUUCUAUCUGUUCAUGUUAACUUUUUUUUAAAGAUUUUUUUCCAGGAAUAGCUUUAAGCUUAAAAUGAUAAAGAAAAAAAUAUGAGUGAAGGGACAACCAUUGAAAGUUCAGAAUACCAAUUUCUAAGCUUUUUGGAUUUUUAAUAAUUAUCCUGCAUAAAUUAAUUUAACUACUUUGUGAAAUUUGUAUGAUUUCCAAUAAAGAGGGCUUACAGACUUGCCAACCCUUCUGAUUUUGUUGGAAUUAUACAGAUUUUUUACCUCUCAUUCCGACAAACCCCUUAAAAUUCCGAUUUUUUCAAACUUUAUAAUUUUUCACCCGUCAUAAAAAUCUGAAAGCGACAAAAAAUAAUUUUUUUAAAAUCGGGUACGACAGGAAAUGUUGCAUUUGUUUUUACAAAGUGCAUACGUGUCAGGCGACCGGACGAAGAAGUGAAUAAAUUCUCGAGAUAUUCGUCCAGUUAUUACUAUUAUAUAUUCGACCACAUGACACCGUAACAAAGUUGCGCGAUAAAUUUGUCCGUCCGCCUUGUCAUGUGACCGCUAAUUGUCGAUCAGAGUUAACGGUACUUCAUUUCAACAAAUUCAAAGUAAUCUGGGCAGUGACACGAAAAAAGAAAUAUGUUAUAUUCUACAAAAGAAAUACUAGAACCAUUGCUGGUAUAUAUAAUGAACAAUUGGUUAAAAAGUGACAAUAAAUAUCUCCUGCCAGAUAAAUAUCUCACGCACUAUUUGUUCGGUCGCCUGACAUGUAGACACUGCCUUGUUUUUAUGAAAGCGAACGGCGAUCUUCAAAUCAAUCGAUCAAUCCGAUCGUGAUUCAUCCUUUUUACAAGGCUAAAAAAUAAUUCAGACUUUUUUGUUUGUUUUGUUAAAGCUCUUAAUUAAAUGGUUAAAUCUAUUGAAAGUGAUGAGUACAAUGAUAUUAAUAAACAUAUUAUUUUAACCCUCAAAAAACUUACAACUGCAGCUAAAAGUAAUCCAUGUCUAAUUUCUAAUGAAAGUUAAUGCUUUUCCUAACUUGCUUGUAACUAAAAUCAGUUGCAAUGCUAACCUUCAGUUGUCCAAAUGGCUUGGACAAGUGCAAAAAAGGCCAGUAGGGAUAUACUGGAAAACUGAACUCUUAGCAGCCUGUGCAUAUUAUGUAAAUAACAUCACACUGGAGAUGGCGUCGGUGGGUUGUCGAGCGCUAGCUUUUGAUACCCGCACACCUCCACACGGGCCAGACGCCAGGUCUUGCCGCCGCCUGAAUGUGCGUAAGCAUGUCGGGAACCUCCCCACUGGCCUGUGGGACGUCCAGUCGACUGAAAACGCUGCAUUUAAAGCAUUCGCGGCCCACUCUCCGUGGGUCAGAACGACUUUGCUUCCACUCCGGGGAAAGGUGUUGCAUUACCUCCCCCCACCGUCCAGGGAGUCGUCUGGUGGGGACGAAACGGGCGCCUAGGAGCGGCUUUCUCAGGGCCGCGUAGUUAAAAUCAUUGGAAUGGGUUUUAAAUGCGACGCAGACCUCAUAUCCGUUAAUUGCAACAAGUAAUCAUGUUAUUGUGUUACUCCCGUUGCGUUGGGAGUCAUGCAACUGGCCGGGGUUUUUGGCUUCGGGAGAGGAGCCCUCCUUACUAGUCUAGCACGCCACGAAGAGGCAAACCCCAUGUGACACCACAAAGUCGCCUCGGCGGUGCGGGUCCCUGACUUAGAGUUCUUCAGUCAGAUUCCCCCAGUAUUAUGUAAAUAAAAUGGAUCUUCUAUUCUGUACUGUAUAGAUCUGUAUAUAAACAUUUCCAGUAAUGUUUUUCUCAUUUUCUGUGGACUCUUCAAAGACAAUGGAGGUAACUUUAUAUUUCUCUAUUUACUAAAAAGGGUUGUGCAUCAGGAAAUAGAUCUUAAAAGCCAACUACCCCCACGGGGGCGCCACCCACGGGGGGGCAGCGGCCCCACAGGGGGAUUAGCAGUAACUGUAUAGUUCUGGUCCCUGUUUCCUGGCAAUUUUACAUUUAAUACAGUAAUUUGGGAAAAUGACUUUUUUUUUUAUAUUUGUUUGUGUUUUAACAGAAAAAUCAGUCUAAUGUAAAGACAAUCCCAGCUUUCAAGCCUAUUCCGAGUGAGAAUGGCACACCUGAUUCCAGUCCAGAGAAAAUAGUUCAAAAUAAGACAGAAGGGGAAAUUAAGGUUUUCAUUUAAAAUGUUUAUAUUUUAGUGAAGAAUCAUAAGCCUUAACUUUGAUUAAUAAUAACAGGAAUAACAAUAUAAUUUUAAGAAUUCCUGUCCAAAUUGUUAAAGGUGUAUUUCAUAAUUAUGUGCCAUUGAUCAAGUAUUAUUUCUAAUGAUUUAUGAAAUUGGUCAUUUUUUGUUUAUUUUAAAUUCAAUUAAUUGUAGCUUUUUAAAAAUACAAUUAAUUGUAACCCUUUUGUUUAUUUAAAAUACAAUUUAUCCCCACCCCCUUUUUUUUUUUUGUUUAUUUAAAAUACAAUUAAUGUUAGCCCUUUUUUUUUAUCAUUUUAUUUUUUGAAUUUAAGUAAAUUCUGUCUUUCUUUUUUAAUUUACCCGUUUUGAUUCAAAGGUUUUAAUCAUUUUUUUUUUUUUUUUUUAAAAAUAAAAUUAAUUGUAACCUUUUUUUUUAUUUAAAAUACAAUUUUUCCCCUCCCCUUUUUUUUUUUUUGUUUAUUUAAAAUACAAUUAAUGUUAGCCCUUUUUUUUUAUCAUAUUAUUUUUUGAAUUUAAGUACAUUCUGUCUUUCUUUGAUAAGUUACCCGUUUUGAUUCAAAGGUUAUAAUCAUUUUUUUUUUUUGUGUACAUGCAUUGAUCUUAAUCAAUUAUUUUUAUGUUUGCUUUCAGCCUCCCAGUCAACCUACUAUUGAACAGGUAAAAAGCCCUCAAGUGGACCAGUCAGUUAGUAGCACAAGUGAUUCAGUUCCCUCUCAGCUUUUGGCCUACAGCAAGCCAGAUCUGGUUUCGCCUGGUUGUAGCCAAGUUUCAGACAUCACAUCGGCUGUGUCUCCAUCUGGUGAAGAUCUCAAAUCCCCCCAAUCUGGUAGCGAUCUUAGUCAAGAACCAUCAUCCUCAGGGGUGAUUACUCAACAAAAGUCCAUCAUAACCAAGCUCCUGCAAGAUGGGGGAGCUACUUCAUCAACAGAAAACAUUGAAGUUGAUGUUGGAGGUGUCACUGAAGAAGUUAAACUAAAUGUUGAUGUGUUACCUGUGACAUCAGAGGAAACAUCACAGGCAAUGUCCAAGCGACAACGACAAGUGUAAGUCUACAAAUAAAAAACAAUUUUUGGCUAGCACCUAAGCUAAUUUAAAAAAAUUGUAUGUUAGGCAAUAAAUUGUAUAAAUUCUUAGAUGUGCCAAUUUCUCGCUCUUUGUAUAAAAAAAAACAUGGAGAAACCUACAAUUUUUUUAAUUUAUACUAAACACAAAAAUUUAUUUUUAAAAAAAUCAAAUUAACAUCCUGUGCAUACAAGAUGAAAGAGAAAGGGAAAAUAGUUUUUUUUAAAUCUUCAUUUUAGAAAAUAAAAUUAUUUCAUAAUAGUUAUAAGAAGGAGAGAAAAUGUAUGGCAAACAAAUUUUAAGUACUAUUCUUUUAAGGGUUUUAUAUCUCAACUCUUCUGAGGCCUUUGAAACUGGAUGUUCAAUUUUAUUUUAGGUAAUAAUAGUCUUAAAUUAUGUGAUUUUGAACAAUAUUAAAAACUAAAUAGACUUUGAAUGGAGCAUAGUUGUACAAUUUAGUAUUUGCUUUAACUUGCUGUACUUCCAAAACUUUUAAAAAUUAUUACUUUAAUCUUAGAAAUUCUCAAAAACCAGAGAAGAGUGCUGUAAAGAAAACUAAGUCAACAACGAUAUCAUCCACUGUUCCUCACAGAAAAGAUGGAUCAAAGAAAGCAAUGAAGAAACGAAGAGAUUCAGGUGGUUCCUCUACUAAAGGUGCCACAACAUCUUCCAAUACUGCCACCACUUUACCAGGGUGAGAUAAACGAUAUGUUAUGAAUUCUCAUAGUCUAAAAUACAACAAAAUCUUUUUUAACUGAUUGGCUACAGAUUAUUUUAUGUAGCAGAGUUUUAGUUUUUGCAAUGUCCACAGUACUGAUCCACUGUCCUCAGUACUGACUUACUGACCACAGUAGUGAGUCACUGUCCAGAGUAUUGAGUCAAUGUCCACAGUACUGAGUCAAUGUCCACAGUACUGAGUGAUUUUUUUUAAAAAUCCCUUUGAUCUCUAUAUAAUGUUGCAUGUAAAUUGUGAAAAGGAACAAUUUUGAAUUUUUGUCCUACCAUGUAUCUGUAAAAAACAAUUUUUUUUAAAUGUACUGGGAAUAUUCUAAUAUGGAACCCCCAUCCACCUUCUAAAAAAUAAAACAACCACCAGUUAGUUUUCUGGAGUUAGGUAAUCUGAAAUUUAAAACCUCCAGAUUGAAGGGGUUAAAGUUAAAACUGAUGAAUAAUGUUUCUGUUUAAGAGAAAUAGAUAUGUUUAUUAAAGUCAAAUAUGUGUGACUUAAAACUCAAUUUCUGUAUUCUAUGCUUAGCCACCAUAACUACUGUGGAAGUAUAUUUGGGGGAAGCCCUUACUUUCAAAGCCUCAGUGCCCCUGGACGAGUUUCAUUGUCAAACUUUGCCUCUCAUGGUAAGUUAUUUUAGUCUAUUCAAUCACAAAUAAUAGUUCUCUAGGUACCAAUGUAUGUAUGCAGGGCUGUAAUGUUUCUGUUCAAAAGCGUGAAAAAUACAAUUUCCCCAAAGUGCUCUCAACAGUGUUUAAAUUUGUGUUCAAUUUCUAUUUCAAAAUAGGGUUUCUUAAAAACACUGAUAGUGAGCUUUGUUUUGUUUACAGAAAUCAAAUCGGUUUAAAUCAGGAAAAAUAAGUAUGUAAAUAGAUAUAUCUUCUUUUAAUAUGUAAGUCUUAUUUCUAUAAAUUAGAAAUAAAUUUAAUAUACCGUAAUUAAAUGCCAAGAAGUUAGCAUUGAUUGGGAUUCUUAUAAAGUGUGAUACUUGCAUGUAUGUUUUGUCAAGUAACUCUGGUAGAUGGGAAGCUCACUCAUUGCUGCUGCCAUUGUUUGACAGGUUAUUUCCAGUUCAUUUAUAUUUUUAUAUAUAUAAAACACUAUGCUUUAAUAUAGAGGAGCACGGUUAGGAAGUUGAGAUUUUUUUAUCUCUAAUUUUUCUGGCUCUCCUUUUCUGCGCCCUUGCUGAGGGAAGAAAUAAGUUAAAGAAACAGUGAUCCUGUGAUGGAAGGAAUCCCAUUUAGUUAAAAACUAUUAAAAACAACUUUAUGUCUGCACGGAAUGCAAUAACUUUUUAAAAAGCAUAUCCAUAGUUUGGAUAUAUCCCUUGUGAUAUUGUCAAGCGUUUGUUAGGUACACGGUCAAAGAAAUCGUGCACUCCUGUGAAUGGAGAUGAAAAUACAUUUAUUACAUGUCGUUAGCACAUCAUCAGAGAUGUAGGGCAUAUUUUAUAAUUAGUUCUCCUGACCACAGUCUUUGACAUAACUUUCUAUAGUUUGUAUCUUCAUCUAAUAAGGUCAUCAUGUCACAGUUAACUGUCAGUUUGAAUGAAUGAAAUAAAUAAAUUUAUAUUUUUCCACGUAAAAGAAGUUUAUUGUCAUUUUUUGCCGUGUGUGUUCAUUCAGUCAUUUCAUUGUUUACUGACCGGCUAUUUCUUUUUUUCAAAGUAUUAUCUUAUGAAAAAAUAAUGAUGCUUGCUUUGGAAACGGUUUCAUAUGAUCAACAUAUUAGUUAAGGGAUGCAAAAUAAGGCCAUUGAUUCAAUUUUAAGUGUUUCUUUUAUGAAGACCUGGUUACUUUGUUUGCAGGGUUGUUCCCAAGCCUACCAUAUGGUGGGGACAACUACCUCUAUGCUACAGAUUCUUAUUACGGUGGGUCCUCACACACAGGACACAUUGUGCUUAUGGGGUUGUAGUGUGCAUGAGCUUGCAUGUUCUUAUGUGGUCUUCAUCUGACUGUAUGCUCUGCUGUAAUUUUAGAGCAUGUGUUUGUUUCAGAAGUGGCAUAUGCCGUAUUUUUGCGUAUAUAAGACAUUUCAAUUUUUUUUUUAUCAAUGAAGCCGCCUUUACAUCUGGCAUUUAUUGUUUCCAGAAUCUAGAUUUAGGUACUAACCCAUCUGCUAUUGGCCCAGUGGGGAAUAAGAAUAAACACUAAUCGUACUGUCCUGCCUCAGACAAUUCUUUGAUCUACCUGUAAACUAAAAAUGUUAAUGAAGCCUUGUUUACAUCCGACAGGUGAUGAAACAUUGAACAAAUUUUCAUUUAUGAUAAAGGAAAGAAAACCACUGGAUAUAAAUUGCUCAGUGCGGCAGAUGGUUAGGCUACGUGUGUCUUACGUAAUUUUUGUUUACACAAAUGGUUAAAACCCACGUCUUAUUAUGGGUGCGUCUUAUGUAAAAUAUUUUUUACAUAAAUCGUCAAAACCUGUGUCUUAUAUGCGCGACAAUACUGUACUCUGAAUAAUCAUAUAAAUAUUUUUUUUUUCCUUCAUUAUUUGGACCUGUAACUGUUUUUGGCUCCCUAUUCAUGUCAGAUCCUUAUUAGUAAAUAAGUUAAUUAUCCUUAUGUAUCUAAUAUUAGUAUAUUAUGUUAAUAGGGAAAAAAAAUUGAUCAGCUUGAUUAAAAUUUUAUGCAUUUAACUGUUCUAUUUUUAAAUUAAGCUUUUCUUAAUUAUUAUUAUCUCAGAGACUACUCUAUAUUUUUUUUUUAAAUCCACUCUCUGUUUAUUAUUUCAGUGCCACCUAUUAACUUCUAAUAAGAAAUGACUUGUAGUUCAAAAUGAAUUGUGAACAAGAAACAAUUUUGUUGUUAUUUUUCCUCUGUGGUUGGGUUAAUUAGCUUUAUCCUGAUCCUUUGUCUUCACCUGGUGACCAGACUGUUAUUAGUUUUCUUUCUCUCUGAUGUAAUGCAUUCCAAGUGUUGUGAUUCCUAUAUUAAAAUGUUGUAUCCAUUAAUAGCAAAAUAAGUUCCAACAUGCAACUGUCUAGUUCAGAUGAUACAUAUUUUUUUUUUAAAAUCUAUGAAUCAUCCAUUUUCCAGUUUUAGUCUUAAAUCCCAGACUUUAAAAAAGAAAUUUCAUUUGAAAGUGGAGAUAACUUGCUGUGAAAGUUUAAAAUGAUUAUUUUCCCCCUCAAACAGCAUACAUCCAGUCUUACCCAUAAGUACAUGUUUUGUAUGAAGUACCUUAAAGGUGUCUUGUUGUACUCCUGUGUAGUUAAAGUCAGUGUGUUUGGCAUUCUCAUAAACCAUUGUAAGGUUUUACAGGGUACAUAGAAAAAUGCUCUUAACUGAAAGCUAAUUUUAGAAAACUUUUUAACAUUUAUAAACAAAAAAUAAGUUUAUUGAAAAGCAAAGCCAACUUUGAUAGUAUUUUCCAAAUUAAGUGGCAAGAAAUUGAUCUCCAGAUAAAGAAAAGUUAGUGACCAAAAAAACAACAACAAGCACUUAAUAACUAUACAACGUUUUUAUGUGCCCUAUUGACCAUGUUCAGCUCUUUUUACAAUACUUUCAGUAGUCCGUCAAUUCCAAUAUAUCUUGUGUAGAAACUGCCACUAUAUAUUUUAUAUUAUGUAAUACUACAGUAAUAAAUAAAACUAAUCAAAUUACAAAUAGUUUUAGAAUAAAUAUGUUUCAUUGAUUUUUUCAAAGAUUCCUCUGCCUUGAAUGGCACGCCACCUCUAGUUCAACCACCAAAGCAGUUUCCUAGCAUUCAUACCAGCAAGCAAGGUCAAGACCAUUCCCAGUGAGUAGCACAAUACAUUGCUGUAUUGUAUGGUACUUAGUGUCUUUAAAAUUUCAAAAUGCAUAGAAAUCUUGCAUAUAAAUAUUUGAACUAUUGCUUUUUGGGCUUUAACAAACAAUUGUAUAAAUUGCACUUAUUUCAUCUGAAAAGGUUUGCACCAUAAUUAUAAAUGUUUUGAUAGAUAAUUUUAAAAAUAUUUUUUGUUCAAAGCUUAAAGUAAGUAAUAGUCUUCACUUGUUCCAUCAUUGCUUUUCCAUCACAGCUGUUGAUUGUUAUCAUAUAUUCAAUUUUGAUCCUGUUCAGUUUAUUGUGAUUGAUUUAAUGUCUAGGGAUUUCCCUCUGUCGAUGGAGCAAUUGUUGGAACAGCAAUGGGAUCAUGGGGCACAAUUCUUAAUGGACCAAGGACAGCACUUUGACAGUUAGUGCAUUUGUAAAUUUGAAAAUAAUUGUAUAAUGUCAUUGACCACUAGAAAAAUAUUGACCUAUUGUGAUAUUUUCCUUUCCUUUCAAAUAAAGUUUUCUUUUAGAUAUUUUUGAAGAGUUUGCAUUAAGUCUAGAUGUAAAAUGUUAUAUUAAAGCCAAGAAAAACUGCUGUAAUUUUUUUUUUAACAUCCUGAAUUAGUUGCCUCCCUCCUGAACUGCUUACAUCGACUCAAGGGAGAGAAUCAAAGCUUGGAAGAUCAGGUUAGAGACCUGACAUCACGUCGUAAUCAUCUUAUGGCAGUUAAUGCUCGACUGUCAUUGCCUCUGUCUGUUUAUGAUGGAUGUCUCUCUAACAGUCAAAGCUCAUCAAUGGGUAGUCUAGAAGACAUCUCCUCACCAGAUGAUGUGCAGGUAACAACAUGGACAAGGAAAUAGACUAAUUCUUUUAAUUUUAUGUGAAAUGUUUAUAAAACCUUCAGAUGUAUUUCAAAAGCAGAUCCCAUCAUAUGAGAAAGCAUGUCAAGUUUAAUUUUAGUUGGUUUUUUUUGUUUGGUCAUCAAAGUUCUGUUUAAAUUUAUCUAUUUUUUAUUAAGAAUGGUAUGAGGCAAUCCAUAUUAUAAUACAAAAUAUAUCUUAGUUUAAAUGCUCUAACAGUGUUGUUUUUUUUUUUUGUACUGCUUUCCCAUCAUCAAAUUAAUUUCUACACUAAUUUUAUUGCAAUCUAAGAUAUUUUAAAGAUAAAUCAAUCUGAUUCAUAAUUCUUAAAUGUUUUAGCCUAAGUCUGGGUUGACUACAGUCCAAAUACCAUGUAAUUCUGACCUUAUUGUAGAAGAUAUACUUAGUCCAGUCGGUGAGUACUACUGUUCAUUUUACUUUUCCACUUCAGGCUAAGGGCCAAGUCGUGUUUUUGGAUGAAAAGUUGGAUGUCUUGAUGAUUUAUCAAUAUUACCAUCUUUUAAAAAUUAAAUCUGUCAAAAUAAAUCUUUUUGAUGCACACCAUGCACAUCCCUGUAGACUGUAAAAUAUCAUGAUAAAAUUCUUUCCAUCCAAACCAAGGGUCAUGAAAUAUUUUUUAUAACACAUGAUAAUUUAUUUUAUUUUUAGAAUUACUGACUUUUAUUUUCAAUGAUCAAUUUGGUGGGGUUGAUUGUUUAAAAAUGAAAUAAUAGUCUGCAGAAUUGCUUAAUUGGGGAAAAUGUAAAUGCUGAAUAACUUUUAAUGACCAUUAAAGUUAGCAAUCCUAUAAUGCAUGAAACAAAUUUGUGUUGUGUUGAGCUCAAUUUUAUUGUUUUUCAAUGAGCACAUUUUGUGCUUUAAGCAAAAAUAGUAACAUAAUAUUCACAGACACAGAGAAGAAAUAAACCUACUGAAAUGUAACAUGAAUAAUAAAAAAACCCAAUAAACUCUCUUGUGCUUGCAAAAAUAAAAUUCAAACUCUAAAUUUAGAGCAUUUUUUAUUAUGACUGUGUUAUAAAAGUUAAUAAGGGGUUAAUAGUUCAUUGCUUGCAUUGUUUUAGUAAGGACUUAUUCUUACAGAGUAUGGAUCAUUUACUUUGAAAUGCUUUAUAUUGAUAGUAAAGUAUAAUGGCCUACCUCAGCAUUUUAAGAUAUGCACACCUGUGGAAAAGUUUCAAAAUUUCACCAGGGGCCAGUGCCAGAUUUAUUAAUUAUAUUUUCUUUUUAUUUGACCAUAAAUAUUGAUGUUGUGCUGACUGGCAAGGUAAGGCUCAAGGACUGGUGUGUUAGGUGGACCAGCAUUUAGAGAAGGUUGGUCUACCUAACUCACAAUGAGCAAUGAGAGUAAGACCAUUACAUUUAUACAUAUUCUCUAGUUAAAAAUCCAUUUUUUAGAUACGGAGCAUCCUUCUUUAUCUAAUCAUAAGCUGACCACAAGUUGUUCACCUGGGUACUAUCCUGACCAGGUGAGUAAAAUUCUCAUGUAUUUCAUCUGGUGGUUAUAAUCAGUCAAAAUUAGGAGUCAAAUUGAAAUCAAUAAAAUUAUUAGAAAAACAUUUAAAUAUGUUUAGCUAGACUUCUUUAAUAUUGUGUGGAUCUAUUGGCAAAGUUUCCCUUUAAAAAUUCACUGUAAAAAUAAUGCCAAGGGAAGCCACUUCCAGACGUUACAUCUAACAAUACAAUAUGUUGUCACAGUUUCUUAAUUGCAAUAAUCAUAAUUAUUUUUCUGAUUUUCAUUAGCUGAAAAAGCACGUACAGAGAUUAACAUUUCAGAAAGUAUAAAAAUUCAGUAUUAAAGAAAAAUAAUUUUGUCAUAUCAUAUAUAUUUUCAUAUAAUAUUGGAUAUUUUGACAUACAGAAUUUUAAAUUAUGAUUCUAUGGCAUUUAAUUUCAUAUAAUUAAACAGUGCUUCUCAAAGUGGUGGUCUGCAAACCUGUGCUCUCAGUCCGUGAUUUGUCUGGUUUGCAAAUGGUGAAAAAUUUAAUAAGAUAAGAUAAAAUAAUUGUUAAAAUAUUAGGCACCAGCCCUCAAAGCAAUUAGGAUACAUUAAUUUGAGAAGCACUGUAAUAAUCAAAUUAAUUGUAAUGAAUAAAAUGUUCUGUAGUCCGAAGUGUUGGUCAAUCUUUUGGGAGAUUCUUAAUAAUUAUUCUUUGUUAACUUACAGAUAUGCCCACCACAGCCAUUAAUGUACUCUGUUGUCAACCCUCCCCCUCCAACAUUGUCAGUCAUAUCCACCACUCUGCCAUCACGGCAUACGUCAACUCCGGCUCAUGCCUCUAUGUCAUCCCAUCAUACAUCAGCACUGCCCCAUUCUGCAAUGCCUGCUUUGGAACCCUCCCAUAUCCCUAACUUAAGUGGACUUAGUUUGAACAAUUCCAAUGUGACAACACUCCAAGAUACUACCUGAGUUUCAAGACAGGAUUAAUUCGUUUAUUUGCAUCAAGUGCCGAGACUCAGACCUUCACUGACUGGUCUCAAAUGUGUUGAUUCAUUUUUCUUCUGAAUAUCACAGGAUAUUGGACAGCUGUGCAACAACUAUAAUAUGAAUCAACAUUUCUAACUGAAGAUGUGAGAUUUGUAUUAAUUUAAAAUUAUUUAGAUGAAAACUGAUUUGAACCUAAUGUUUUGGUUGCACGACAGUUAGAAAAGCUGAGAAAUGAGAGGGCUAAGAGUUUGGUAUUUUGUUUUUAUGAAGGAUAACAAUUUUUUUUAAUAGCGUUACUUUUUGAAGUACAGAAGAAUCGUUUAAUAGUGGGGUAGUUAUAGCAGGUUUUUAAAAAUAUUCUGUGUGAAUGUUUGGAUUUUUAAAAGCAAGAAGGUAGAUGAUUUCAUUCUUUAAAAACAGAUAUUUUUAAUUUUUUGUGGUCAGUAAGCUAUGGUGUGUUGUCGUUGAACAAGUUUGUCAAUUUCUGAUAGUGUUGUAUGAGAAUACAUAUUUUAUUCUCUUUUUUCCCCUCAUACUUUGCUUUGGAGAGAGAAAGCAAGUGAAAUUUUGAGAUCCAUGCUACGACCACGUUAUAAUACAUGUUAUAUCCUAAUUUGCUGUAUCGCUGCAUGGGGUUUCACUAUAUUCUUGUUCAGUUGCAACACUACAAGAUAAAUUUGGAUUAACAAUGACCUCUGACUGGGAUACAGAAUAAUUUUAAUAUGGUAAUAAGUAUCAUUAACAAAAAAAAUGGUACAUAGGAUUCCUUUACAAUUAUUGCUAGAAAUUCCUGUGUCGACAUAAAUAUUUAUUGCUCUUUAUAAUUUUAAAUAUCUUUAUCAAUAAAGCUAAGGUUUCUGAUGAAUUCUAGCAAAGGUUGUAAUAGACUGAUAAUUUUUAUAAUGAUAAGUCGAAGUUGUGGUCUAGUUUGGGCUUUCCGUGCUGCAUAAAAAAAUAGUAGAUCUUCUACUAGAAGUUGAAUUAGACAAGAGCCAGGCCUCAUCCAUCAGUCAUCUUGUUGGUCAUUAAUGAUGAGCCAUUGAUAUAUUUAAGUAUCCCCAACUGUUAAAAAGAAGUUCAAUAACUGAAUAAAGUCCUGUUUUUAGUGUAGGCAUUGUCACAAAUUAUUUUAAUAUGCCUAGGAACUUUUUUUUUUGAUGACUCAAUACUUUGUUAAGCUCAUGUUCAGAUUUUAAUUAUUUUUAUUCUUCUUUUGUUGGCCAUGCAUAUUUGCCUUUUUCAGUUAACUACAGUUAGAUAUAUUUGGUCAGUGUUUGUUCUUUUAUGUCAAGGUUAAGAAUUUCAACUGUAUUUGAAAACAAUUUGACUUUGUUGAACAAAUAGAUAAUUGAACGUUUCAAAGUAAAAUAUUUCAUGACAAAUUUGCGUUAAGUUUAAAUUUAGUCAAACUCUUUUUAAAUAUGUCUUCUUUCUUAAUGUCAUCUGUUUUUUUAAACCUAAUGUAUUUUUAAAUAAAUGCUUACAAUAAAUUACAUUAUUCUAAAUUCCAUUAAAGGCUCUAUUGUAAUAGUUUUCACUUCUUUUUAGUGAACGUACUUGAAGUGGUUUAUUUUUUGGGAGGCAACUAAUCUGCAUCUGUUGGGCUGUGUCAUAUAACAGCUUAAUGUAAAAAAAAUAUAUAUAUAUAAUGUAUGGCUUGCUCAUCAUGCCCCCCUCCCCUUCAAGGGUCAACAAGUAACAUAAUAUCUGGUGCUUGUGAGUAAUGAUGGCUGGUUGGAUCCCUUUUGUCAUCUUGCCUGUAAUAGUCAUCUGUUUUCAUUUAAGUCUACUCACUUCAACUACUAAAUGAUGUGAUGUACAUGUAAUGCAAAGGUUUUAUAUGUUUCAUUAAAUUAAAACAAACACAGCUACUACACUUGUGUCUCAGAUGUGUCUUAGAAGACUUUUUUUGUUCAAAAUAUCAUCAUUACCGUAUUUGAGCAAAUUGACAUCCAAAACAGUUGGAGACAACGGGGAUAGCUUCAAGCACUGAUCUAAAAUGUUUUUAACCUUCACCCUUUGUUAUUGUUGUUUUAAAGAUGCAAUCAAGGCAAUGUCUAAAUCUUAUAUCACCAAUUUGUGAACGUUAUUGUUGCUUUAAAGAAAUUAUUUAUCACUUUGAUUAAUUUAAUGCUAAAUAAAUGUUAAUGUUUAAUUUCUUUAAGUUAUUCUUCAGAUCCAUGCAAAUAGAUCGCUAUAAACACCAUAUGAAAGUCAUGACAAAAGUUUAUUGGUGACUCAUGCCUAGUAAUAAUAAAUCAUAGUAUAUUCACUUUUUAGGAAUGCUGUGUAGAUGCUGAUAAUUAUAUUUUUAUUAUUAACUGAAUUUUCGUUAAACAGAUUUUCAUUGCUGAAAUUAUUUCAAGAGAAAAGAAACUUUGACAGUUGUUAACUUUAUAUAUUUUCAAAUGUUUGAUUUUAUGGUUGC